AUGGCUCCAGAUGUGCAUUAUUUUCUCCAACAGGCGCAUUGUCCACAAGGAGAGCCUGGCAGCUGCUUAGCAGGUCGUGUGGGACGUGGCUGUGGCAGUUGCGAGUUCGGGACAUAUGUGCUGGCGGAUGGCAGCUGCGCUCCCUGCACGGUGCUGCUCUUCGACAUUGUGUGGGCAAACAUGGGCUAUGUUCUUGCACUGGAGUACGGCACCAACAACUUGCUGGCACUGAAGGAGGGCAAUUUCGAACCUUGCUUGCACAGCCUUAUCCUAUGGGGCCUGGCUCGACUUUUUGAGCUCUCCAUCCUGCACCGUGCUGCUGAGCCUCUAUGGAAACUCAUGGAAGGCCUUCAGCCAGAAACUGUUUCGACAUAA